AUGAACCAGGCUCAAGGAGUGCACAUCCGAAGGGAAGUCAAGUCGCUAACUACGACAUGUCUAGCUUCUGCAAAGUCGAAAGCCCAGAAGAUGUCCAUUGGGACUUUUCUGGCGGAUGAGACCUACGGCUCCUGGGCCGAUGAGAUGGAAGAUAAUCCUAUUCCAUCCGUCUCCUCCUACGCACCCAGAUCUGGCUAUGGCGGAGACCGUGAACGUAGCACGUUUGGAACUUCCGGCGGAUAUGCCCAGGAGCAUCACGACCGUGUCUACUCCAUGAGAGAAGAACUACCUAUGCCCACCCAGCCACCAUAUACCGCUCACAUUGGUAACCUUUCCUUCGAUGCCACCCAGGCCGAUAUCCAGGAGCUCUUCGCUGAGUGUGAGGUUACCAGUGUUCGUAUUGUGGAGGAUAAACUUACUGGAUCCCCAAAAGGCUUUGGCUAUGUUGAAUUUGCCUCAGUUGACGGCCUCAAGAAGGCACUCACAUUCCAGGGUACCUCCCUUCAAGGGAGAAAUAUCCGAGUGAGCAUUGCAGAACCUCCCAAGGACCGACAUGAUGGAAGAGACCUUAGCGACUGGACCCGAAAGGGCCCACUGCCUGACCUUCCGGGUCAGAGACGCGUAUCAGAUCGCCCAGGUUUCGGUGGCGCCCGCAAUUUCGACCCUGCUUCUGACGCUGCAAAUGAGCGCCCUGGCCGACGUGCCUAUGAAGCCGCCAACGACGGUAGAUCGCGUGAUUUUUCCAACUGGGAGAGAAAGGGACCUCUUUCUCCUAGCCUGCAAAGCGCUCCCUCCAGGGAGGGUCGUCCCCACAGCAAAGAUGGCCCUCAAUUCCGCAGAGCCUCCCCAGCAUGGGGUGAAGGCCGCUCCCAAGAUGGCUCUCGACCACCCCGCCGAGAAUUUACCGAGCGUCCUGUACCUGAAAGGGCUCCAACUGCGCCCGAGCUUGAUAAUCAAUGGAGAGCUAGGAUGCGGCCGGAUGCUCCCGCUCAACCGGAAACCCCUGUUGAGCCUGUAACUCCAACUGCCGCCGCCACAGCUCCUGUUCCUGGAGCAAGACCAAGACUUAACUUGCAGAAGAGGACAAUUCCUGAGUCUGAGGCUGCUGCGCCCUCCCCAGCCGUUGCCGAAGCUCAGUCCAGUAUCUUUGGAGGCGCAAAGCCCAUUGAUACUGCUUCUCGUGAACAGGAAGUAGCUGAGAAGCGAGAGCUGGCCUUGCAACAGAAGAAAGAGGCUGAUGAGAAAGCUAAGGCCGAACGCCUAGAGAAGCAAAAAGCAGAGAAGGCUGCAAAGGAGGAGGCCGAGAAAGCAGAAGCCAAUGGAACCAAGGAAGAUACCACAGAAGGAAAGCCUGUUGAAAUUCUAAAACGUGAAGAAGGCGAGGAGAAAGCCGCUGAUGAUAGUGAAAAGGCAGCCGCUCCUACCCAGAAGACUGAAGCUGGUCAAGACAAGGGCCGCCCACCGCUACAAAGCCGGACAAGCAGCGGCUGGCGAAACGGUGGUGGCCGUGGCCGUGGUGGACCACCUCACAGCCGCGGAGGAUCUCGCAGCACCUCCCAGCGUGGCCCUCCUGUUCAAGGUACUCCAUCAGAGACUGCAACUCCAGCCUCUCCUGCUACACCUGAUGAAGACGGAUGGAGCACCGUCAGCGCAAAGCAGAAGAAUCCCCGUCGUGGAAACUAUAACCGUGGUGCCCAGGCCUCUUAAGCAUCAACAAUUUGAUACCCAAUAUCAGAGGAAGGUUACACCGGAGGACCUGCAGACAAAGUCACCGCAAUAUGCUGGACGUUCACCAAUCUAACUUUGGAUGUCAACCUACUCGCAGAGUCGCUUCUAUACCCCUGUUAUACAGUGCUCUUCCGCCAUGUCCUUGCCUUCUCGUAAUAACGACCAGAUAAGCGAUGUCUUUCAACGUUUCCGAAAAUGACGAUGCGGUUUUUCCCUUCUUUACAGUAACGGACUUUAUUCGACAUCCUUUCUUCAUUCAAUUCUCUCUUCCCUUUAACUACCCCUUGAGUUUUGUCUUCUUGUCCCUUUUUUUUGGCUACUGCGAUAUGAAGGAAGAGUAGGAAUCGAUCUACCUUACAGACCGUACCCGGUCUUCUUGCAGCAUAUCUUCCUAGCCUCCUUUAUACCUUUUUUUUCCACGGGAAAUUUGAAACUUUUUCCUUUUCAUGUCAUGUCAUGUCACUUUACCAAAAACGCCAAACGAUUCCUUGUCUCCUUCCUGUUAUUUUCGACCUUUCUUUUCAUCUGCAUGACUUUCUACUAUUGAGUGAUUUAUCUAGCGUUUUGAUUGAGACUGACUCGAAAAAGGCUGCUGGGUUUCCUUCAUCAUUGCUCUCCAUGUACUCUUACGAUGUACAUGACGCUUUUUCUUCCGGAAGACCUGGUUGUUUUGAUGAUUUUUAUUUUUGCGCAGCUUCGCUGGUGUCACUUUUACACUGGUGUUUGGGGGAUCAAUACUACAGCAUCGGCAUCAAACGAGUGUCUUUUAGCUAUGAUAUCUCCUUCGACUGCCAUAUCCCUGGCCGGACAUAGCUGGUACUAGGGAUCUUUCUUUCGUUUCCUCGGAAAGACGAAUAUGUUCCUGCUUUGAGGGUUUCCGUUAUCCGGCUUCCAUCUGGCAUCCGCUCUCGCCUUUGGUAAGGCUGUCUGCCUCGUUCAAGCGAAAAAUAUGACAUUCGUCAUUUAUCUCCCACUGGAAUGCCGCCCUUGUUGCACAAUAUCUCUUUACCGUCGAGACCAGCUGCGUUUUCUCCCCUAGUCUAAGAUUUGCGCAUAUAUGUAACUGACGGUCUUUUCUUACGAGUCUGAUCAGCUUUUGCUCCCCUUUAUUAUACAUUUCUUUUCCCCUUCUCUAAAGCUAGCUGUAUUUCCUAUUGGAAUCCAUCUCUUCCUCCUUUUUCUUCCCUUCCAAUCUGCUACAGUGUGUCUCGUCUGGAGAAGGAAAAGCGUUUCCAUAGUUUGCAAGCAGGAUAGAGGAGUUUGGUCAUAAUUUACUUCCAUAACUAUUGUACAAGCUGCCGAGGGACAUUUCUAGGCUCUGCUACUCACAAAGCACCCGGAUAAUGUUUCUUCGGUGUUCGGUUCUAUUGAAGCUUGAUAUGAAUAAAGGUACAUAUCUUUGUAACUCUCCACCAGCCCCCUGAUUCGCCAUAGGGAACGGACGAGGCGAAGUUGUUACAUCUUGCACGGCAAGCAGCAUCGUUUCACCUAGCGAACACCAGGUCCAAGAACCGAAAAAUCUUCUCUUUCACGAUUCUCUUUCAUCUGAACAAAUCCAUUGUUCUUCAAGCUCAGAGUUAGCGGAAAGUGAAAGGAGAACCAGUUGUGGUGGCUUCGGGUUUGUCGAAACUUUUGACCUGCAUACUGUGGCUUUUUUAGCCUCCUCUCAGCCUUCGUUUCAAAAGGCCGAAAGGAAGUUCAGUGCCUGCUGAUCCAUCUUGCGGUCGACUUGUCAAUCUUCCCCAGACGCAUAUCAAAUACCUACAAUACUUGCUUUGCUUUUCCUAUACAGAAGUGCCCGCCUGCCGUUCUGCAUCCCUGCCGAUUCCCGCGACCAAACUGCC